AUGACCAUCACUCUUGACGAAGCAUGGGGUCUCGCAUGUAAGAGCUGCGAUGCUCCUGUGGCGCGUCACUCACAGCUUUCAUUCAUCCUGGAGAAUGCGACAGCCGUGCAUCUUACGCUGGACAAGACAUUACUGCACGAAAAGCAGCAUCAAGAUAAUUGGGUUGUCUUAAGUCGUACAGGUGUCCUACCGGAAAUACAAUUUAACAAGAUUCGCACUACCAACGCGUUUAAACGUCAGCGAAUGCCGUUUGAGCUGUGCUGCGUCCAAUGCGAUGCUAAAAUUGCGUCCGAAGGAUUCCUAGAUGAGCUACCUGACGAAUCGCUUCUGUUGCUUGACUCUAAAGCUUGCACCUGUGUAUUGGACAGAAAAGCCCCCUAUGGAAUGGCCGGGGGGUCUAUGGCAAGAAAGUGGGCGGUCAUUUUGAGACAACUGCAGGGUAUCAAAGUACCUUUGAAGAUCCUGAGGCUUCAAGACAUGAUUAAUGUUGACAUAGCUCAGAAUUUGCAGGAGACGGAAGUGCAGCCGAUUAAUCAUCCGACGGAUGCCACUAUACGUAGCCAUUUUCGUCCAGAAGCAAAGAUGUCCAAGUUGAGGCGUUACCAGAUAGAGUUAACUCUUUCAGCGCUGCUCGAAAACACAAUCGUGUAUCUGCCCACGGGAUGUGGCAAAACUUUGGUAGCAAUUAAAGUGCUGCAGGAACUAAAAUCUUUAAAUCCGAACAGGUUAGCUGUAUUCUUUGUGCCCACGGGACCUUUAGUAUCGCAGCAAGCUGCGUACAUUCGACGGGAAUCCGAUUUUCGAGUCAAGGGAUUAUCUGGUCAGCAUGGAUCUACUGCGGCUGCAAUCAGCGAGCCUAUUUUAGUUAAUGGGGAUAUGGAUGUCCUGGUGGUGACACCCCAAUAUUUCUUAAAUCUGCUUUUCAAUGGUCGCACUGCUAUUUCGGAUUAUUGUGUGAUGGUAUUUGAUGAGGCGCAUCAUGCUACCGGAAAUCAUCCUUAUUGUGAAUUGCUUAAAAAGCUAGCGGUAGUCAAUUUACAAAGGCGACCGCAUAUCCUUGCACUGACGGCCUCUCCAUUUGGUGAAGGUGUGCGUGAGACAUCUGGCCAAAUUGCAUUAACAAACCUCGCUCAAGCAUUUAAUGCUGUAAUAAAUUCCCCUACCAUUGCCGCAGAGGACCUGGAGGCAAGUUUUAUUCCAAAGGAGGCUCAAUGGGUUACUGUACAAGAAGACGAGUACGAACGCAAGCUUCGGCAAGGUAUCAAACGCUAUAUCGAAAGCUUUUACGUGCAGCUCUCUAGACUAAUGAAUGGACAAACUAUGCCAUUCGAAGCGAAUUAUGAUACCAACGACAUGGAAUUGUCACAAUUCUUGGCUAAAUUGCGCAUAUUAUGUCUCCAAGCAGAGAAAGUAGCAAGACGAAACAAUGCUUACGUCGAAAAUAGUGGCAUAGAAAAGAGUAAACGCCAACUAUCCGAUUUGGAGUUGAUUCUCAAGCAUUUGCGGAAGGUGGCGUCUAGCUUUUACAGUUUGAGCAUUCAUGGUGCUGCGAUAGUUGCUGGUGCACUACGUCGUAUUUUUGAUAACUUGAAAGACGCAGAGUCUAAGAGGGGAAAGCGCUCGUUUGUGCUCAUUGAACAAGCUUAUCGUGCUAUUAUGAGCCCAGUAUUGGACAAUUUUCCGAUCGAAUCGUUUAAUGGUGCGGAUAUUUCAAAUCGUGUACGUCUUGUUGCAGACUGCAUUCGUAAAGCCAAUUUCGACCACAACUCGCGUGCGAUUGUGUUUGUUCGGCGUCGAAAGACAGCGAUUUUGUUGGCGAAAGCAAUGGAAGCAUUGGAUGUGCUGCGCGAACUUAACCCCACGCGAUUUGUUGGACACAACUCUUAUGAAGGUAUGUCUUGGGAGGAAGAGCAGCGGCCAACUUUGGAUCGCUUUCGUCAGGGACGUAUUCGUCUUCUGGUGGCUACGAAUGUGCUUGAGGAAGGUCUUGAUGUGCCUGAGUGUUCACUAGUGAUCCAAUUUGACGGAGUUGUUGGAGUGACGAGCCUCAUUCAAAGUAGAGGCCGAGCCCGUCACCGAGACAGUACUUUUAUCAUUUUUUGCUCUGCGGUAGGAAAAGAGCGCAAUCAACGACUCGUGGAUAACGAAAAGCGAUUAGUGUUGAUGGCAAACAUGAGUGCGUCGAAGUUGAAGUCAAAAACCAUUGUUAAGAAGUUAAUGGAUUUCUAUACUGACGAAGUGGGAAAUGCAAAUUCAUUCAGCGAAAGGGAGGAGGUAUCGGCUUUAACCGCUCGGGCAGCUUUUGACGCAACGGCUGACAAAGUGUACAACAUUGUAAUAGGUGGUGUUUUUCUCGGUGCUAAAAAGGAGUUGCAACAGACUAUUCUCGAAAGGGUCAGUGAUUUCGCAUCAGUCAGAAUAGUAGACGAGGCCACGGGGCUUUGCACUGUUGCUGCACCCCCUGAUCAAAGCAUCUUUUCUUCGUACAGCUCGUUGUGUUCCGGCGUCGCAUUUCUUAUUCAGAAGCAACCAUUUUGGUUGCGCUUUGAAAAUGACGAUAUGGAAUGCGCAGCAAGUGGGGAAGUGGCAGAGAACAUUGUAGGUAUCGGACUUAGUCGUGGUUUGAUGACCCCAGAAGGUGCUUUUAUGGAGCUUGAAACAUUUGGCGGUACUGGUAAGUCAUCAGCCGACAUAGAGCUGGCAGCAGAUGCCUUGAUUGCAAAUAUCGGCUACCGCCGCGUGGAAUUUGAUAUGCGAGCACUGAACGAGCCGUGUGUCUGGUUUGAUUCGUCGUCUUCAGCUGCAUCUGUGUACCUUCCAUUCCGUCUGCCGCCAUCGAGUUACAUUGAUAAUGAUCGCGAGUGUAAGCUGUGCCAAUCACACGCCCAUAUCUAUAGGUUAACAUUGCCUGCAACAGACCGUGUUAUGACCCAACUAUGGAACCUUCGUAUAUUUUUUAAAAAGCUUGGAAUAGAAGUCCGCGAAACAAAAAUACUUCAAGCAUGCAGACAAAUUGUGCCUUCAACAAAACUGUGCUUUGUGCUUCCAGUAGCCUAUGCGCUACAAUGCCUCCUUUCAGACUGCAGCUAUUUUACGAACGGAUUUUUACCGCCUGAAUUUUUUGAUUUGCUGGCUGAACAUGACGAGGGAGUUCAAGAAAAGGCGCUUUUGUCGUUUCGCGCUUAUCCGGGAGCUACCAACAUUACACGUCAGUUUUCGCAUUUUUUGCAAGAGGAGAGCUCCACACUUAAGGAACUAUGCAACAGCCCGUUUCUAAGCUCAACAUUGAUAGUCUACAAAGUUAUUGUGACACCUUCACGAAUUGUGUACUGUCCGCCUGAGCCAGCACCACAAAAUCGUGUAUUUCGGCAUUGGGGGCCCGAUAAAUUCAUGUAUGUGUACUUCCGCGACGACAACUUGGAGCGUUUGGACUACAUAUCCGCAACGAUCCUGAGACGAAUUCGGAGCGUACUAACGAAUGGAAUUGAAAUUCCUAACGUAAAGGGCGGUGCUAGGUUUCGUUUUCUCGGCUGCUCUUUAAGUCAAGUGCGAAAUAGCAGUGCAAUUUUUACGCUGCUUGACCACCACGACGUAAGGACGUGGAUCGGCGAUCUAUCGCACUUAACUUCGCCUGCGAAGUAUCUGAAACGAUUGGGUCAAGCAUUUUCAUCUACAAAAGAAACAUAUCUGAUCAACCAAAGUGUUCUUGAUAACCCUCUGGAUGAUAUUUCAAACGAAAAAUACGUGUUUACAGACGGAUGUGGCCAGAUUGCUCCGGUUGGAGCGGAAAUUAUUGUGAGGGAACUCCAACUUACAUAUACUCCGUCAGCCUUUCAAAUUCGUCUCGGAGGAGCGAAAGGUGUUCUUGUGGUAUCUGAUCUAGGAGACGAUAUUAGCCGCGAGAACUCUGUUGUGCUUCGAAGAAGCAUGUGUAAGUUUACGUCAAAUCACACUAUGAUUGAAAUAGUUGCGUGCUCGGGCAAAUCGGAGGCAUACCUGACACGUCAAAGUGUCCUGAUUCUAAAUGAUCUCGGAAUUAAUGAAGAUGUAUUUAUGGAAAUGCAGGAAGAAUAUUUAAGCGAGCUCCGUUCCAUAAUCGCAUUUAAUGAUGGAGCAUACUUUGGAUUGAAGGCCGUGUUGCCUCCGACAGUCGUUUGGUGGAUUGAUGUGCUUGUCCGUACGUUUGAGGUGAAAAUUUUAGCUGAUGAAUAUUUGUCGUCGCUGGCUAGAGCAAUAUAUCACUAUCGACUUGCUAACACUGUGAUGCGCGCUAGAAUCCCUAUCGCAAAAGGGCGCACUUUAAUGGGAGUGGCGGAUUUUACCGGCACUUUGGAGUACGGAGAAGUUUUCGUGCAGUAUUCAGAGAAGGAUCAGGAGACUGGUUCCAGCUAUUACACUUUGCUUGAUGGAGUCGAUGUUGCUGUUCAUCGUAGCCCUUGCCACCAUCCUGGCGAUAUUCGAGUGCUUCAUUGCAGAGCAGAUGUACCCUCUCAAUUACGCCAGCUCAGGGACUGUGUCGUGUUUCCUUGUAAAGGUCCACGGCCUCAUCCUGACGAGUGUACAGGCGGAGACUUGGAUGGUGACAUGUUUGUUGUCAUCUGGGACGAGCGAUUGAUUCCAUCUAAAACGCAAGUUCAGGAGCCGAUGGUAUAUGACGAAGACGAUGAAGGGGACAGCGGCGAAUACCACCAAUCAACUGAUGACGCUGGCUUGAUUGAUUUUUAUGUUCACUCCAUCCAGGAUGAUAUUCUGGGUGUAGCGUCAAAUGCCCACCUUGCUCUAUGUGAUUCGUCAAUUGAUGGAAGUUUUGACGACAAGGCGAUGAUCUUAGCGCGUGUCUGCUCUAAGCAGGUUGACAGCCUUCGCGCAGAGUUGGACUUGGAAAUUGUGCGAAAUCUAGCACCCAAAAGUUAUCCAGAUUUUAUGCAGAACAAGGACAAACCGUCAUAUCCGUCAAGAAAAGUUCUGGGCAAGAUAUACCGACGUUGCAAAGCAAUUUUUGACACGACAAUGACGAAAAGUGUGAGCCAAAUGCCGAUCCGUGACGAUCACUUGUUAACAAAUGGGUACACGGAUUACUUGGGUCAUGCCAAAAUGCUUUACCGCCAGUACAAGCUGCGCCUUAGAGCUUUGUUGGUGAUGUCAGGAGCCCAAACUGAAGCGGAGCUCGCAACGGGCAUGAUUGUGGAGCCUCAAAGCGAAUACAAGGCCAAUUAUUUUCGCUUUGGCGAACAAUGCAAGGACGCUUUCUAUACUCUUCAAGCCUCUUUCCGAUCCCAAUUUGAUAAAGACACCAUCAAUUUCGCGCCCGGUGAAAAUUUGAAACUUGCAGCUGCCUGCUAUUUUGUCUCUCAAGAUGACUCCGACGCAUCAACGCGCUCUGUAAGCUUUCCGUGGAUUGUGAUCGAUUUACUCAUCACAAUCAAGAGCAGCAAUGCUGACAAAGCACAUUAUAAGCUAUGGACACCAGUACGUCUGUCGGCAUAUGCUCAAACGAUUCCAAAGCUUCAAUUGUGUAUGCUGGCCGAAAUUGCGACCAAUACGGAAGAGCUGCUUGCGGACUUGUUCGAUCGACUGGUAGCAGUAAGUUCGUUAUGCGGGGAGAUGCCUGAUAACCUUCACAAGAAGGAGUUUGAUCUAAUUCUGUUUGGUUCCUCUGGAUUACUCACAUUUGAGAAGCAGUCCGAUUUGGAUGUAAUGGUGUGCUGUUCUUCUCCACGUGGCUCAUUGAAGGCUAUCGCCGCGGCUUUAGAAAAGUCACACAGCAACGUCAACCUUAAAGACGGUAUUCGAGUGCCUCUCUUAUCGUUUUCGUUACAACAAUGGUCGGUAGACAUGUGUAAAUAUUCAAGUGGGCCCGUAAAAACUCGCCUCUUCCGGACAUACAUGGAAACGUACAGUUUUUUCUGGCCUUGUGUGUAUUUUUUGGUGCGGUGGGGAAAGUGUGUAGGAUUGAUCCGACGACGGUCGGGGGGAGGAUUGGAUAUGUUCUCACCCACAGGGUUUAUUUGGUUGUUUAUACGUUUUUGUACCGAGCAGAACUUCGUACAGCCAAUUAGCACAGGCACUUUCACGAUCAAAGAAAUUCUCAAGGAUAACGAUAUCGAUUCCAAUAUUGCAUUUUGGACAAAUCUGUUGACGCGUCUUGUGUCCGGAAAUGACGAUGCAUCUGCACUAUCGGCAGCUGAUGUUAUUCUAUCAUUCUUCGCGCACUACGCAAAAUUGUCCACCCCACAUUGCGAUUAUGGUUUUUUAGAUCCACUCGAUUCAGAAAACGACACACAGCUGGAACCCGAGGCGGUCAUAUUGUUCCGGUCUGAGUGCCAUAUUGCGCUUCAUCAGCUAGUUAUCGCUCAGGGUGACAUAAAGUAUCUGCUUACCCAUCGUGAAGAGCAGACGAGUCGUAUUACACUCAGUCACGCUCUAAGCACUCGAAUUCACGAGGCAAAAGAUUUUUUUUCCCGUAAGAUUUUGUUUGAAACAAAAGCGAACAGUUCAACGCGUUUGACAUUCAAGCUUCAUUCAAAUCUGCUUCGAUCCGACUUAUAUGUUGCUGAGAUCAUUGGGCCUGGUGAUGCGAUUCAGUGCAUCGAAGACCACAUACGCAUGAUUGAGCAGGAGCUCGAGUCUCAACAAGAGAAAAUAGGAUUUCAAGACUACUUCGGUGAGCGACAUGGUGAGCACAAUAACAUUCGUCUGCAUCAAGCGCAUUUAAUUUGUUUUAUGAAUGGGCGUCAGUGGUACGAGCAUGCAGGUGCCACAUUUUGUGCUAAGUUUAUUCAGCAAAUGAUUAAAUUGUCGAGAUAUGAGCAUCUCAAUCCGGGUAUUGCCAAAGCCAAAGCCUUUGUGCGAUUUGGACACCAUUAUUUGAUCAACUUGCCACGCUCUUUUGACGAGGAGACGAUCAUGCUCGCUAGCAUAAAGAGACUAGAAGAUGAGUUUGAGCGUGGUCGAACUGCGCGUGAGCUAUACGAGUCCGUCCUCAUUGCAAAACAAAAGCAACAGGCUCACUCAGAUAACUUACUCGAUAAUCAAGAUGACACAGUUUCUGGAGCGACGAGUCCAAGGGAAGAGAUAGUAUGGGGAGAGUACUCUGACGAGGACCAGGGUGGUUGGUGUGCCGAAAGUGAAGGUUGGUGUCCAGCGGAUGACCAUGAUUUCAAAGAUGGCGGUGGCGGCAUGAGGCAUAGACGGCACCCACGACGACCUCGAAUGAAGUUGCAAAAAGCAGAAACUGUCGCUCGAGGUGACAAAGGUGUGACGCAUUCAUUUUACUCGAUGAUUGAGCCGCAGCAUGCGCCUUGGACAAAGGAGUACGCUGAAAAGCGUCUGGGCAUGGUGUUGGUCGAAGAGUCUAAUUCUUACCAGGUCUCGAUUGUACACCAGUCAUUCGAGUACAAUGUCAGGCUAACGGACGAUUUACAACUGGUAAAAAUUUCAACUCGUCCGUCGCGGUGGUUUAGCGCGACUUUGAAAAUGCGACAAGAAAUGAACGAUGAGAGUCACAUGAUGGACUCGACGCCGGAUAUUCGCUUCUAUGUCUCAACUACCGAGGAUAUGCCUAAAACUGACCGUUUAUACGUAAAGCUGGCUGAGUGUUGCAAGACUGCACCCGACGGCCGAGGCAUUAUUGAAUUUUGCGACGAAACUUGCUCUAAAGUGCGGAUCAGCCGUCAUCUCGUGAAUGCUGGCGAGUCGCCUGCAUGCAUUGGGACAAUUCGACACGUCCGUGGAGCAAAAUACUCUACUCCUGACACAGAAUUACAACUAUCGUUGAUGCAUAUUCGCGAGUUUAGUAUUCCCGAUCGAAACCCUGAAGACGGAUUUUUAAGUGUUCGGGAUAAAGUGGAGGCAGAGUUUUUGCUCCCUACCUUAACGCCAGAGCGCCGCUUGCUGCCUGCUUUUGCGCGAAAUUUUCUGGCCACAGGAAUGGAAUUUGUCGACUUUUUGCGCACUCAAGCAGACAUGGAGACACCUUGA